UUUCCCGCCAUUUGGUUGAUGACGUCACACGUUUUAUCAAUGGCUGACUCUAGAAAGUUCUAAAAGCUGUGUAUUUUACUCUUCUAAAAUUUUUUCAUGUAAUUGCGAGUCUUCGUUUAUUUUCUUCUAUUGAUUUAUGAAUUAUUCUUGAGCAAAUUUGUUGUGAAUCAAAGAAACAUGGUUGAAGAAGAUUUUUUGAUAAAGGAUAUCAAAAGUGAAUACGGCGAAUGUAACAUAGGAUUGGAAGGGGUACCUAUGUACCGUCACAUGGAUUUAGAAACAUUCUCCCCCCAGUUGACAGGAGUUGAGCCUUGGAAUUUAUUGGCCUCCGAGGACUUCACAUCUUUACUUCAUACAACUUCAGAUAAGGAGAAUACAUUUUGCAAUUUUGGUACUCCUUCCAAGAUGAUGGGUGAUCAUUCCCUUAUAUCAGAUAAUCCCAUGGAUCAUGCAAGCUUUAUUACCAUGAAAACCCAAGGAUUGGAAGAGGUGGCUUUGGAUACAAGCCAUGUCAACCAAUUGCUUUUCCAUGAUGUAGGUGUUCCGAAUGAUUUGAUCAUUGAACAGGGUGUUGAAGUUGGCAGUGAAAAUCCCCACGGCGAUAUUAUGAUUGUGCGUAAUUUACGGAUAAAGCAGGAAGAUAUAAUUGAAGGUGAAGAAGUAAUAACAUGUUCAGAAGUAGACAACGAAGUGGUGAUUGAUGAUAAUAUGGAGUCCCAUCUGGAUACUGAUCACUUUGUAAUUGGGUCAUCAAUUGAUAUUGGUUCUGAUCAAAUUGAAGAUGCUGGUUUUGAUGAUACAAAGCUUGUCAUUGAUACAGAGCAGUAUUGUAUGGAUGAAGAUCCUUCUACUAUUGGAUAUGAUUGUCAAGAGUGUGGAGUCUUAUUCAAAAGCAAAGCUGCUUUGAAGAAGCACCUGAAAAAUUGUCAUUCAAAAGUUUCAAAAAGCAAAUCAAAAAAGAAUAGUACAAAAGAAAAAUUUUCUCCUACAAAUAAGCGCUAUAAUUGCACUUCAUGUACAUAUACGUCAACACGUAGAGAUAAACUAGAUAGGCAUAUGGAAAAGCAUGUACUUCUCGAUGGAGUACAUCCUUGUGGCAAACGAAGACAUAAGCCAGACACCCUGCCGCAGCGACAUCGACACAAUGCUGAAGAAUAUAAGUGUCCGCAUUGCCCAUAUUCUUGCACAGUGUCUAAAGCGCUAAAAAAGCAUAUGAAAGUUCAUGCUUCAGGAAACUCGAACUUUACUCUUAAAUUGAGCUGCAAGAUUUGUGGCAAAGACCGUCCUUCUGAAAGUGAAAUGCAAAGGCACAUGAAAAAACAUAAAAAGGAUGCAAAUUUCCUCUGUGAUAUAUGUAACUUUUCUAGUGUUCAAUUAAAGAAAAUAAUCCAACAUCGGCGGAUGCAUACAGGUGAUAAACCUCAUCUGUGUCCUCAUUGUUUUUACCGCUCAGCACGCAGAGACAAUCUUCGCUCACAUGUACGUAGGAUGCAUAAGAGGCAAAAUAUGUACAUUGACACCUUUAAUCCUAAAGAAGAUGUAGCCUUGUGAUAUUAAUGUAGAUUUAUGUUUUGAUUGUAGGUAAUAGAUUUCUGAUGCCUACUUCUAGCAAAUGUCUAUACAACAUUAAAAAGUAAAUUGUUCUUAUAAUUUAAAAGUUACAGAAUUCAUGCAUUGUUUUGCAAUUUAAUUUGUUGUGUAUAAUUGUAUAACAAUAAUUACUAAUUUUUUUAACCUUACGUUCAACUGGUUUAAGAUCUGUACCUGCAAGUAUUUAUUUAACACUUGUUGCAAAAUAAACAAGACACUGUUAUUUUACAUAUAGGCUAGUUUUUAUGAUACCAUUUAUGUGAAUCAAAUACAAAACAGUUCCAAUAUUUUUAAAUAGUGAAGUGGUAAAUGUAGAUAAUUUUUACUAUGUGAAGAUUAAAAAUCCUGUAAUUUUUUAUUGUUCAGGAUUAUUCUUUUAAUAAUGAGGAAAUCAUUAUAUAUUUUGGUUGAGUUUAUGUGAAAUUUAAAUGUAAAAAAAAUGUUGCAUGUAUCUGGACAGCGCUAGAAGUAUUCUAGAAAGGUUACAAGAUUCCGGAAUUUAAUAUUUUUGCUUAAUUUUUCAAUUUUGGCAGUUUUUUCUAAACUCCUAAAUUGAAGAGAAUUUGCUGCUGAGACUCUUUAAAUAAUUCUACCAAUUAUGACUAAUGUAAUGAAUUCUGUUUAUGUUUAAACUUUUAAAAAAGAGACAUUAAAAUUCCUUAUAAAGCAUAAAAGAUGUAUGUUAUAAUGAAACCUGUAUUUUUUUAUCACUAAAUGGAAAUGAAGAAAACCCGAUUUUUCUUUCAUUUCAUAUAGGAGACUAGAAUAAAUGAAAUGUUUCAUAAACUUUUUUCUACCAUCGAACAUUUAAUAAUUUCUGAUAUCUAAAUAAGUUCUGUAUAUGUAUGUUAGGCUAAUAUUUGCCCCAAAUCAUUCAAAGAUAUUAAUCAGCUGUGAUCAUGAGAUAAAUUUUCUCCUUUAAAGCAAUAUAAUUAGUGAGAGAAGCAGCCUGAAAAGAUUAACAUUAUCCUUGCCUUUUUUAUCGAUCUCGUCUUCAUUUCUUAAAAAUAAAUGACUAGUUAUCAUAAAUGACAUUUUUCACUGGUUUGGUGAUUUUUAUAAAUAAAAUGUUGCUGACUGAAACUUUUCUAUUUUUCUUUUUUAUUGGAUUGCAGAUUAUUCAUUUUGCAUAUAUCAUAUAGUUGUUUAUACACACUCGCAUAAAUUUUUAGUUAGAAAUUUUUCCUUUUAGCUGUAAAGAUUUUUCUAAAAUGCUAGUUAUUUAUAACUGAUUUUAUUCGGUUUUUAGCAUGAAGGAAUAAUAUUUUUUUAAAUAAGUCUUACAAUUUCUCUGACCUAGUUGCGUGACGGUGUGGUUGAGGAAAUUUCCUGAAGUAUUUCAUGUAUUUAAAUUAUACUGAUACAUCUCGUACUGAUUAUUAAAUUGCAAUAAUGAGGCUUCUGCUCGGAGCUGUGUGUCCUAUUCAUAAGUUGUUAAUUUUGAAUUUAAUAAUAGCCCUCUAAAUGGGAGACCUGUUGUAAUCAGAUAUACAGAGUUAUUUUGCAACUUCAUUAUUUUGUCCAGAAAAACAGCUUUUCAAAGAAAAAUACUUGUUAAAAUUCAAUUUGAAAUUGUCAGAUUGUUUGUUGGUAGUCUUAUCUCAGGUUGUAAUUGCCUUCAAAAUUUCAGUUAUUAAGACAACAAUAUAAUGUUUUUGGAAAAAGAAGAAAUGUUUGUUUCCAUUAUCUUUCUAUAGAUGUGUGCUUAUAACACUUUUUUAAUAAUAUUAUUUAGAUAUUCUAUUUAUUUCAGGAAGAGAAAUUAAUAAAUCAAAGCUGUGCUUCCUGUUAUAGAAUCUCUUAAAUUAAGCAUCCAAAAGAAUGAAAACCUAGUAAAUGUGAAAAUUAUUUUCUGAGUCAGAUAAGUAAUUUACUGCUUUUCAUUCAAUUUAUAUUUGCUUUCUAUAUAAAUGCAAAAAUUUAAAAAUAAAUGCAUUUCUAUUUGUCAGCAAGAAAAAUGACACAAUCAUAGUCAAAGUAUUAAUAAAUAGUCGCAAUAACAUCAAUUCUAAGUGUGCCUGUUCAGAAAAUAAUGUAAAAGUGAAUAAAUCUCUUUUACAUUAGUUAUAAAGAUGAACUCUCAUCUUCUUAAGGUAUAACUUAUUUCAUAAUUUUUUAUAUUUUUUUAGUUCAUUAACUAUAAUGGAUGUGACAUAACUGUUCUUUUUUAAUGUAUUGCAUUCGGUUGAACACUUUUUUCAAAAUGCGUUGGUUUUAUUAUUAGUCUCUUCAAGAAUGACAUAUACACUUUUAACUUCAUAAUUUUAAAUUAUUGUAAAGUUGAACAAGUUUAAUUUUUAAAAAAAUCUGUUUAACUGAAUUACAUCCAAUACAUAUUUAGAUAAAAAUGUAGAUUUUUUUAAAAUCAAAAUAUUUUUUCUCAAAUUUCUCCUUUUUGUUAAUAUUCUGAAUUUCUCUGAAUGAAAUAACAUGCUUUUUAAAAGAAUACGCGUCUUCCAUGUCUUUAAAAUCAAAAUGCACUAUCACAAACAUGCUGUCAGGUGUUUUAGUGUUUCAAGAUAAUGCAUUUACAAUUCUUUUUUUUCUUCUUGAAUUAGUUUCCUUAAACAUUACUAGAGACAAAAUAAUUGAUGAAAAUUUUAAUUCAUAUGAUUUAGUUACAGUGUUCAGUACAAUUUAUUUUAAUAUCUUAUGAUAAUAUGUUGUUUUUGUAGGUCUUGGAUUCCUUUUGAGAAAAUAAAUAGAAAUUUUGUUUAAAUAAUAAUAGAGAAAAUGUUUUUUACAUUUUGUGAGAAGUUAUUGUUUUUCAUAAACUUUCUACCAUUCUUUUGACUAAAUUUAAUUGUCUGCAGGUUGAGUUUUGCUAGGUUUUAUUUCAAUGUACUGCCUUGCCUUCCCUGCAAUUUGAAUUACAAUGAUAUGUAAACUCAAGUGCCACUAAUUACAUCGAAAAGAAUAGUAAUCAAAAUGUGUAUGUCCUUACAAAGUAGGCUUCAUUCCUUCCAUCAAUUUUAUAGAGUGACCUCAUGAUCUUUCCAUCAUCUUCCUUUUUUUUCAGACAUAUGCAGCUAAAAAAUAAUUCUCACAUUUUAAGAAAUUAAUAAAGAUGCUCGAAGUUAGCUUAAAUAUAUAUAAUAUGCUUAUCCUCUUGGCAUAGGUAACUUAUUUUUACAUUAAAUAUCAUUGAUGAGACAUUUCUUGUUUUUUAUUUUGUAAAUUUUGGCCAUGUUAUGAAGUGUAUGGCUCUAUACUGUAGAAUUAGAUAUAACUUGCCUAAACUUUUGGCAUUUGCUUUUUAAGGAAAUUUUUAAAAUGAUUGAUAAGCAAUAAAUAUAAAGCUUGCAAAAUUCUAUUUGAUUAUAGGAUUACUUUAUUGUAUCGCCUUGUAUUAUGUUGACUAUUUAAAAGAAUUGAUUAUCUGAUGUAGAGGGAGGAAAGGUUAUAAUUUAUGCUUUGGACAACAAGUCCUGAUUAAAAAAAAAAUGUAUAAAAAUUCAAAGGAAAUACAAAAACAAUUAGAAAAUUAUUAUAGCUAUUUGGAAUGUGCAAUAGAGUAAGUGUAAAAAGAUAAGUACAAUUAAAGUGUAAAUGUUUGAACUUGUAACUUGUAGUGAGUUCAUUCAUAUACAGAUACGGUACUAAAACUAGUUGAUUCAGGUAAUAAUGAUAGUAUAGAUUUUUUAAUAUUUUGUGUUUGAUAUAUGUUUAAGGAUAACAUUUGCAGGUACUAUACAUAGCCCCUUUCCCAUUGAAGUAGUUUGAAGGUUCUUAAAACAAAUAUUUGUAUCUUUUUUUAAUUUAUUUUAUUUAAAAUUGUUAUUUUAAAUAAAUCUGAUUUAAAAGUUUAAUCAAAAUAAUUGAUAGGCAGUUAAUUCUGAUUAAAUUAAAAUUAAAAAUGUUGUAUGUCUAAUGAAGCGAUGAUGAUUUGCAGGUAUUGUCAAAAUGUUCAUUCCCUAUAGAAUAAAGUACCUGCAAAUAAUCCAUUCUUAUAUAUAUUUCUCAUUCUGAAUCUUCAGAAAAAUACCUUAAGUGCUAGCUAAAAAUUUGAUUGCCCUUGAACUAAUUUGACUAAUGCUUUGAGAAUAACACCUCAUCAGUAACAUGGAAAGCUGUGAUGAAUAAUUUUUCUUAAAACUUUAUUUGAUAAUAGAAAUAACUGAAAUUCUUAUUUUCUAGUAAAUUUUGAUUAUUUUUUGUGAUAUUUCCUUUCUUCAAAGUAUGUCAGUGGAUAAGUUCCAUAGUAUUCAGUAUCAAGCUUGAGGUUUGUUCAUUUCAAACAUAUUAUUUUUCCCCCUUCCUUUUUAUUCAGGGUUUACUGCAGUCAUCUUCAAAUAAUAGAUUUUGUAUGUAUUUAAAUAGUUUCCAUGUUUAGUUUUAAUAGUGCAUCUUGUACUAAGACUGUAUUCUAUUCUUAAGUAAAUAAAAUUAAGUUGAAAGAAUUAAAGAAUUUUUUUUAUGAAAAUUUUCUUUUUUUUAGUUUAUAAAACAGAAAAUCCUGUUAAAUACAGUGUAAAUUUUGUUACAAUUUUGUAUAUGAAUAGGUAAAAGCUAACUGUUAUUUUAACUUCAUUGGAUUUUUUUGUUAA